UCCAGGCACAGCCAGUGAGCGGCCGGCGAGGAAACUGCCUCAAGAACCCUGGGGAAAUUGCUUUCUUUUUCGAAGAGCAGGACGGCCCAUAUCAAUCUUGAUGUUGUCUGCCCCGUAGCCCGUGGGACGGUUGCAUUUGUUUGCUUCAACUGCCCACCACCGGUCCUGAAGCGAAGGCCCAACGUCUGCAGUUUGCUGUCAAGACGACACCGACACUCCUUUACAUUGACCUGGAGACGUCAUGCCGGGCGUCGCAAAAGAGGCCGUUGUGCCGAUCGAGGCCGUGCUCCUCGGGCUGGCAAUCACCCUCGUUCUCGCACGCAUGUAUCUUCGACUGAUUCGACAGCGUCAAAAUCUCACAAUCAGUGAUUGGAUCCUUGUUGUCUCGAUACUCGAUGCCAUCGCGCUCUUCGCAACCGACACGAUGGCGUACAACCUGGGCGCAAUGGACGAGUACGACCCGAAUGCCCCGGCGGCCCCGGACGACGAACAAAUCAGGCUGAUGAAGGUCUCGUUUGCCGGAAACUACUUCUAUGACACUGGAGUUUACUUUCCGAAGCUGGCAUUGCUGGCCUUUUACUUCAAGUUGAUCCCGCCUACGAUGCCCAUCUUGCGAAAAGUGCUCUACGGAACGAGUGGCUUGACGCUGGCCUUCGCCAUAACUACCUGCUUCCUGGACACAUUCUGGUGCGGACCCAAUGUGUCUGUGAACUGGGAUUUGGAGGGCACCUGCUCCACGUACGACUCCAAAGCGGUUUUCCGCAUCGAUUGGGCUAUGAACAUUGUGUCAGAUCUGCUGAUCUUUGGUAUUCCAUUCCCACUCCUACUCGGUCUUCAACUCAGCAAACGGUACAUCAUUGGCCUUGCGGCUACGUUUUCCACCGGCAUCAUCACGAUAGGAGCCAGCGUAGGCAGAUUUGCCACCGUUGAAGCCAUCAAAGCGUGGACCAAUGUUUAUGUUCUUUCCAUGACAGAGAUCGCAGCCGCCAUCAUUGUGGUGUCGCUGCCCGCCCUCAAAUCGCUUCUCCAUCGCCGUGGGCUGGCCACAUCGAAUUAUGGGACCGGCAAGACGGGAUCGGACGGGCUGGCUUACAAGAAGCACCCAACAAGCCACUUCAAACUGUCUUCGGGAAGAGACCCAUACGAGGCGACGACGCGAGUGGUCGCCGAGGAGGAGUCGGGCAGCGAGGUGGAACUGAACAAUCUCCAACGAUCGGAUGUGAUUUACAAAUCGGCUCGCGUGAGCAUAACGUACCAUAGGCGAGAGGAGGUUGGCGAAGAGGGAAGUCCCUCCGGGCGUGCAUCCGAGGUCGUCCACCCCGGCACCGGCACGAGGGAUGGGGAGGGUGUGCAUUAAGAACAACGGACCCCGGCCCGCGUACGGAAAUCGGUCGAGUGGCCAAUCAUGCCUGGCGAGCUUAAUAACAGCUCUGCGCAUCUGCGGCGCAGUUGCAGCAAAAGAUUGAGCAAUACCACGUUGAUGGACGUACCUCGCUACAGAUACGACGCAGAGCAGAGAGGGAAUGGUGCCAAUUCCUCAACCCUGGCACAUUGUUGGAGGAGGAGGAGGAAAGGGAGGGGCGAGAAGUGAGUGGAAUAAGAAAUAUGCACAAAAUAAAAAAGGGUCCUGAACUGAUUUGCGCCCUUAACAUGGUUAAAUACAC